AAUGUCAUGAUCGUAAAUUUGUUUAUGUUUCGCUCGCCCGCAUCACUUUUUCACAAAUUAAUUCUUAUUUUUGUGUUAAAAUAAAAUGAAAUGAUAUUCUUAUUUGUUGCCGGUUAAACUCUGUAUGAAAGUUACAAUGUCUAAGCUACUCAAAUAUUUUGCUGCCGGCGUAGUUCGCUAUUGGCUUAUGCACACGGACUAUUGGCAAACAAUAUCGAAUAGAGUUGAAAUUGCUACUCCUCUGAAUUCCUGGAAGAGGUUAACUGAAGGAGUUUACCUUUACGACCAUGAUGUGAACCCAUACGAAGGUGAUGCAUUCCACGAGUCUCCAAUUAUGUUGAUCGUAUUCCACUUCCUGAUGAAGAAGGUACCCUACCUGCUACCGCUGAUAUUCACAAUAAUAGACCUUAUCACCGCUCAUCUACUCUACAAAACCGCUAAAUCGUUCGUGGCGAUGUUUAAAGAUGCCCAAGAGAGUGCUAAAGAUGAGGUUGCAGAGGAAUCUAAGGGAAUGUUACUUCAAGACACUGAUUUGGCUGAAGUACCUAAUUAUGUGUUGUCAGUGUACUUGUUUAACCCUUACUCAGUGCUAAACUGUGUUGGUAUGACUACCACGGUGGUGCAGAAUGUGCUGGUGACGGGAGCCCUGUGGUCUGCGGCCGGCAGCCAGCAGGUGCUUGCGUGCCUGUGCCUCGCACUGGCCACACACCAGGCCCUCUACCCGGUGCUCCUCAUUGUGCCCAUAUCCCUCCUGCUGGCAGACAUGAAGAAAGGAUGCAACAAAUGUUCUUACAUUAGAACUCUGCUCAUUUUUGUGCUCUGCUGGGGUUUCCUGACAUACAUUUCGGCUUUCAUUAUGGAUGGGUCAUAUGAUUACCUCAACAACACUUAUGGAUUGAUAUUAACCAUUCCAAACCUGAAGCCAAACAUUGGUUUGUUCUGGUACUUCUUCACUGAAAUGUUUGAGCACUUCCGUCUGCUGUUCAUCUGUGCGUUCCAGAUCAAUGCCCUGGCUCUGUACAUCAUUCCCCUGACCCUGCGGUUCAAGAAGGAGCCCGUAUUGUUGGCCACAGUGCUCAUAGCUCUCUCCACAAUAUUCAGAUCCUACCCGUGUGUGGGUGAUGUGGGCUUCUAUCUGGCAUUGCUUCCCUUGUGGAAACACUUGUUUUCUUUUAUGCAGCAGAAGUUCAUAGUGGGGUGUGCCUUCAUCAUCACGUCAGCGCUGGGCCCCACCGUGUGGCACCUCUGGAUAUACUCCGGCUCAGCAAAUGCCAACUUCUUCUUCGGGGUGACACUCUCCUUCGCUACGGCGCAAAUAUUCCUUAUCACAGACUUACUCUUUGCCUACAUUAAACGAGAAUUCACUCUCAAGCACGGUACAUCGAGAGACAUUGAUGGCCGGCCGGCAAAACUAGUCCUCCGAUAAUAAUAGGCCUCACGUUUUUGUAGGAAUCGCUAUUCAUACAAUAAUGAUUAUGGGCAAAACCAAAACUGAAUAUGGUAGUAAGUACUUUUAUUUUUUGUACAAACAUGCAUUUAAUAUUUAUGUAAUUUUAUCGUAAGCAUGAAAUUAGCGGCAGUAUUAUGGAUAACAACAGAGAACUGUGUAUCAAAAUUGGUUGUGUUUGCCUAAGUAUGUAUAAAAUGACAAUUAUUAUAAUUUACUUGUAUGUUAUUGUGUAUUGGUAAGUCAGAGGGUGGACUAGUGAGUACCAAAUAGAUAACAGUUCGAAACAUAUGUACAAUGCAUUAAAACGUUUGCAUCGUCGAUAUAAUUUGGGAAUAUAUAUAUCUUAGGAUGUAUAUCUUUGUAUAAGUUUACUUGAUGUGCACAUGUUUACUCCCGGUUAAACUUACUUAAAUGAAUUUACAUUUUAAAUAAAUAAAAUAUGUUUUGAAAUUA